UAUUCGGUUCAUGUCAUUUUUUGUUGUAUUAGUGGCUGAUUUCUUGUCUAACAAAGACAAAAUAAAUGACAGCGGUUUCAGCUCCUCAUUCCGACAAACUUGUUCCUCCAAAGGACAGAGAUGUUGCGUUGGCUCGUGUCGAAUUGGAGAAGAAGUUGGCAUUGAUCAAAGCAUGGGAGGAGAGUGAGAAGAUCAAGGCAGAGAACAGGGCAUACAAACGGCUCUCUGCUAUUGAUUCUUGGGAGAAUACCAAAAAAGCUUCAAUACAAGCACAGCUGAUGAAGUUAGAGGAGAAAAUGGAGAAGAAGAAAGCUGAGUAUGGCGAGCUAAUGAAGAACAAAAUCGUUGGAAUUCACAAGCAAGGUGAAGAGAAGAAAGCAACCAUUGUAGCCGAGCGAAGAGAACAGUGUCUGAAGGUCGAGGAGACUGCAGCAAAAUAUCGAGCUUCCGGGUUCACCCCGAAGGCUCUACUACUCAAAUGCUUCAGUGGUUGAGAUGGUUGGGGUUGAAAGAAUAGACUCCUAUCUCAGAUUUGCACUCUGGUUUUAGUCUUGGUUUGGUUUUGUAUUGAGUUAGUUGGAGAUGACUUGCAGGUGUUCCUUUUGAUGUGUAAAGAUUGUAUCAGUUUGCUGCGUUUUACUCACUGAUCUCUUUUCUUAUGUUCUAUGCACUGAUUCAGUUCUAAAUAGCAGUAUUGAUCCAUGUCU